AUGGAAAGGUUGUCGCUCGAAUUUUAUUCCGAAAAAAAGAAAUUUAAGAAAGAAAUUUAUUCAAAUAUUUGUCUUUGGAAAUGGCCAACUGGCAAGCCAUUUCCUCUAUCUACCUACAAUGGAAGCUGCGAACUGUCACAAUAUGGCAGCAAAUUUCAUAUCUCUUUUGGAUUGAACAUAAACGGAACGCAAAAUUAUGAAGGAAAAACUUUUGCUGUCAAUUGCAGCCAGAUUCCUUCUUGGUAG